AAAAAUGGAAAUUUCUUGCGGCAUAUCGAACGGUCAUAUCUCGCAUUCUCACAAAGUCAAACAGAACUAACGACCUCACCGAAUCAUCUCCGCUGAUCGUCCCCGUAGCAACAGAAGAGCAGUGUAGAACCGAGAGCACAGAGAGCCUUCAACAAAUAAUUAAGUCAACAAAAAUGCAAUAACAGCAAUAAUAACACAAAGGCUCUUUGAAGUCAAGACGAUGAAGCGAUUCGUAUACAUCAACGACGACGAAUCACCAGCUCAUGAACUAUACUGUGAUAAUCGUAUCUCUAAUAGAAAAUAUACUUUAUUAAAUUUCCUUCCUAAAAAUUUAUGGGAGCAGUUCAGCCGGUUUAUGAACCAGUAUUUCUUGUUGAUAGCAUGUCUUCAGCUAUGGUCACUGAUUACUCCAGUAAACCCUGCGAGUACGUGGGGUCCGUUAAUCUUUAUAUUUGCGGUCUCUGCUUCGAAAGAGGCUUGGGAUGAUUAUAAUCGAUAUGUUUCGGAUAAGAAGGUGAAUGAGAAAGAAGUAUGGGUUGUUAAACAAGGCACCAAGAAACAUAUCCAAGCUCAGGAUAUCUGUGUUGGUAAUCUUGUGUGGCUCCGUGAAAAUGAUGAAGUGCCAUGUGAUCUUGUUUUGAUUGGUACCUCAGAUCCUCAAGGAAUCUGUUAUGUGGAGACAGCUGCCAUGGAUGGUGAAACUGAUCUGAAGACAAGGGGAACACCGGCUGCUUGCAUGGGAAUAGAUGCUGAAUUGCUGCACAAAAUUAAGGGUGUCAUUGAGUGUCCAAAUCCAGAUAAGGACAUCAGAAGAUUUGAUGCAAAUCUGAGAUUGUUUCCUCCAUUUCUUGAUAAUGAUGUUUGUCCUUUGACUAUAAGAAACACAAUUCUUCAAUCAUGCUACUUGCGAAAUACAGAAUGGGUUUGUGGGGUAGCAGUCUACACGGGCAAUGAAACUAAGCUGGGUAUGAGUAGGGGUAUUCCUGAACCUAAGCUUACAGCGAUGGAUGCUAUGAUUGACAAGCUGACUGGAGCUAUAUUCGUAUUCCAAAUAGUGGUAGUUAUUGUUUUGGGCAUAGCUGGAAAUGUCUGGAAGGAUACAGAAGCAAGAAAGCAAUGGUAUGUUCUAUAUCCAAAUGAAGGUCCAUGGUAUGAGCUAUUGGUAAUCCCUCUAAGGUUUGAGCUGCUAUGUUCCAUCAUGAUACCCAUAUCUAUUAAGGUAUCUUUGGAUCUUGUGAAGAGCUUAUAUGCAAAAUUUAUUGAUUGGGAUACUGAGAUGAUUGAUCAUGAAACUGGCUGUUCUUCCAAUGCAACAAACACAGCAAUAAGUGAGGACCUGGGACAAGUGGAGUACAUUCUGACUGACAAAACCGGAACCCUUACCGAGAAUAAGAUGGUGUUCAGAAGAUGCUGUAUCAAUGGUAUUUUUUAUGGGAAUGAGGGUGGGAAUGCGUUGAAAGAUGCACGGCUGCUCAAUGCUAUUGCUAGCGGAUCUCCAGAUGUUAUUAAGUUUCUUACAAUUAUGGCAAUAUGCAAUACUGUUACACCUGUGCAGAGCAAAGCUGGAGCUAUUUCAUACAAAGCGCAGUCUCAGGAUGAGGACGCUCUAGUUCAAGCUGCUGCUAAGCUACAAAUGACAUUUGUUAGAAAGAAUGGAAAUAUUCUUGAGAUGAGAUAUAGUUCUUCUGUUUUAAAUUAUGAAGUGCUGGAUAUUCUGGAGUUCACAUCUGACAGGAAAAGGAUGUCCAUAGUGGUGAGGGAUUGCCAGAAUGGAAAGAUUCUUCUUUUGUCAAAAGGAGCAGAUGAAGCUAUUUUUCCUUGUGCAGCAGCAGGACAACAAACAAGGAUGUUUAAUGAAGCUGUAGAGCAAUAUGCUCAACUGGGGCUGCGUACAUUAUGUUUGGCCUGGCGCGAAUUAAAUGAAUAUGAAUAUCAAGAGUGGUCUUUGAUGUUUAGAGAAGCCAAUAGCACAUUAGUUGAUAGGGAGUGGAGAAUAGCUGAGGUCUGUGAAAGAUUAGAACAUGAUCUUGAAGUUCUUGGAGUUACUGCAAUAGAGGAUCGCUUACAGGAUGGUGUACCAGAAACCAUCGAGACACUUAGAAAAGCAGGAAUAAAUUUUUGGAUGUUAACCGGAGACAAGCAGAAUACUGCCAUACAAAUUGCUCUUUCAUGCAAUUUUAUUUCCCCAGAGCCAAAAGGUCAGCUUCUGCUAAUUGAUGGAAAAACUGUAGAUGAAGUUUCUAGAAAUCUGGAGAGAGUUUUACUUACAAUGAGGAUAACAACUUCAGAACCAAAGGAUGUAGCAUUUGUUGUUGAUGGCUGGGCCCUUGAAAUCUUACUGAAGCAUUAUCGGAAAGCUUUUACUGAAUUGGCAAUAUUGUCAAGGACUGCCAUAUGCUGUCGUGUGACACCAUCACAGAAAGCACAGCUUGUAGAGCUCUUGAAAUCGUGCGACUAUAGAACGUUGGCCAUUGGUGAUGGUGGGAAUGAUGUAAGAAUGAUUCAACAAGCUGACAUUGGAGUCGGCAUUAGUGGGAGAGAAGGACUACAGGCAGCGAGAGCAGCUGAUUACAGUAUUGGAAAGUUCAGGUUUCUGAAGAGACUGAUACUUGUCCACGGGCGUUAUUCAUAUAACCGAACAGCGUUUCUAUCUCAGUACUCCUUCUAUAAAUCUCUAUUAUUAUGUUUCAUACAAAUCUUUUUUUCUUUUAUUUCAGGUGUUUCGGGGACCAGUCUUUUCAAUUCCGUCAGUCUAAUGGCUUAUAAUGUUUUCUACACAAGUGUACCUGUUCUAGUUAGUGUGCUUGACAAAGAUCUUAGUGAAAAAACAGUAAUGCAACAUCCUCAAAUCCUAUUUUAUUGCCAAGCUGGAAGGCUUCUCAAUCCAAGCACAUUUGCUGGAUGGUUUGGUCGUUCUUUGUUCCAUGCAAUCGUUGUAUUUGUAAUCAGUAUAAACGCAUAUGCCUAUGAAAAAAGUGAAAUGGAGGAAGUUGCAAUGGUGGCCCUCUCUGGAUGCAUAUGGUUGCAAGCUUUCGUUGUAGCGUUAGAGACCAACUCCUUUACAAUAUUACAACAUCUUGCCAUUUGGGGGAACUUGGUUGCAUUUUAUGUCAUCAACUGGUUAGUCAGUGCAAUUCCCUCAUCGGGGAUGUAUACAAUAAUGUUCCGGCUAUGCAGACAGCCGUCAUACUGGAUAACUAUUUUUCUGAUAGCUGCAGCAGGAAUGGGGCCUAUUCUGGCUCUAAAAUACUUCCGCUAUACAUAUAGACCGAGUAAAAUCAACACUCUUCAGCAGGCUGAACGUUUGGGAGGGCCGAUAUUAACAAUAGGGAACAUCGAGGCACAACCAAGAACGAUAGAGAAAGAAGUUCCUCCGUUAUCAAUAACACAACCAAAUAAAAGAAGUUCCGUUUAUGAACCUCUGUUAUCAGAUUCUCCAAAUACUAGAAGAUCCUUUGGUUCAGGAACUCCAUUCGAUAUAUUUCAAUCACAAUCCAGAUUAUCUUCUUCGAGCUACUCCCGGAAGGAACUGUAAGGACAAAUAACCGAGUUCCGCCAGUUUUUUUGUUCAUUGGCAUGAAAAAUGUAUAGGCUGCAUAAUUGAUCAUUACUUCUGAUAGGUAUACCUCCGAUCAUAAUUGAUUUAUAUACUCCGAUCUCUGCGUCUAAUUUUUGAUAAUUGAAAAUAACCGGGUAAUGGAGUUGAUGCGAUUAAGACAUGUUUUUCAGAGUGGUUCUAGAUCAUAAAAUUCUUUCCUUGUUUAUAAAAAAUGAAAUUUAUGUGGCGUUCGUAUAUAGGACUGUAAUUAAGCCCGAUCUGGAUAUGAAAUCUGAUGAAACAUAUUUUCUGAA